ACUUUGGGUGAAGCCCACUUGUCUAUUUCGGAUGAUGUUCGAGGCCGGUGGUGCUGACCCUGACAGUGAGAAUUCACGAUCCCCAUCGAUCCCCAUUCUCAACGGAAUCGCCGCCGGCGCCGCCACGCCAUGCUCCGCCUGCGAAGCUGCAUCCUCACCCGUCUCCUCUCCUCUCCCUCCUGCGCGAGUCCCAUCACCCCUCUCCACCGACUGCUCUCAGCGGCUACGGCCGACCCAAGCCCAGCGUUCGCCGUCGAGCAGUACCUCGUCGACACCUGCGGCCUCACCCGGCCCCAAGCCCUCAAGGCCUCCGCCCAGCUCGCCCACCUCAAGUCCCCCUCCAAGCCCGACGCCGUGCUCGCCUUCCUCGCGGACCUCGGCCUCUCCAGCGCCGACGUCGCCGCCGCCGUCGCAGGGGACCCGCAGUUGCUCUGCGCCGACGUGGACAAGACCCUGGCCCCCGUCGUCGCCGGGCUCACCGGCCACGGCCUCUCGCGCACCGAGGUCGCGCGCCUCGUCUCGCUCGGCCGCACCAUCUUCCGCUGCAGAUCCAUCGUCUCCAACCUCCCAUACUACCUAUCGCUCUUCGGAUCCUACGAGAACCUCCAACAAUUACUCAAGCAGCGCCCCGAACUCCUCGGAUGCAGCCUGGAGAAGGUGGUCAAGCCCAACGUCGCGUUCCUGCGGGAGUGCGGGUUAGGAGACUGCAUCCUCUCGACGCCGCGCAUACUUUCCACCAACCCAGAGCGCCUCCCUGCAAUGGUCGCAUGCGCUGAAGGCCUCGGCGUACCCCGCAGAUCUCCGAUGUUCAGGCAUGUGCUAUACGCUGUUGCAAUCGUCGGCGAGGAUAAAAUCGCCGCCAAAGUGGAUUACUUGAAGAAAACCUUCAGGUGGUCGGAUGCUCAAGUGGGUAUUGUUGCUUGUAGGAAUCCACAGGUGCUGUCGAGGUCCAAGGGCACGCUGCAGCGCUUGUCCGAGUUCUUUAUCUCUGAGAUGGGGUUGGAACCUGCGGACAUUGCUCAUCGUUCAGUAGUGCUCACUUAUAGCCUGGACAGCCGCCUCAAGCCCCGGUACUACGCUGUAAAGUUCCUCAAGGAAAAUGGAUUGGUAAAGUGCUUCCCGAGCUACUUCACGAUUUUCAACAUGAUCGACAAGGUGUUCGUGGAGAGGUACAUAUGCCCUCACAAGGAAGCUGCUCCACACCUCUAUCAAGACUAUGUUGCCGCUUGCAAAGGCGAAGUGUCCACUAGAUUCUUAUCUGCUUGAAACAAGAGCCUGACAUGAAAAAUUGUAAUGCUCACUUAUCAGUAAUGCUCACUUAUAGCCUGGACAGCCGCCUCAAGCCCCGGUACUACGCUGUAAAGUUUCUCAAGAAAAAUGGAUUGGUCAAGAGCUUCCCGAGCUACUCUACAAUUUUCCACCUGACCGACAAGGUAUUUGUGGAGAGGUACAUAUGCCCUCACAAGGAAGGCUGCUCUGCACCUCUAUGAAGACUAUGGUGCUGCUUGCAAAGGGGAAGUAUCCACUAGAUUCUUAUCUGCUUGAACCAAGACCCUUACAAGUUACAUGGAAAUGUGGAACUUUUUUGUGGCAAAACAAAGUUUUCACUCCUUGCAGUAAACUGCUUAGUCUUGUUUCAGUGUUCGCCAAAUUAGACGCUGCUUAUCCUCUAUUCUAUGUAUGCUACAUGCUGGUUUGGUCAUUGCUAAGUGCUAAUGCAUGAUGAAAAUGAUAAUUUGAUUCAUGAAA